AGAAACUGCCAGUGAUAGCUUGCCACGCUCCCCUCCCACAUACGGAAGCAAGCUGAGCGUUCCCACGUAAGCCUGCAUAGAAUCUCCUCCUUGCCGUGCAAUUACACCAUGUCGCGUCUAAAUUUGGCCGUCUUAGCGUGCCUGGUGGGUCUAAGUGUGCAUGACAGCCUGGCAGAGGAGCAGUGUCACACCUUUGCAGGCGGCGCCGUGUACCCCAAUACUGAGGGCCGGGCGUCAGGCCAUACACUGCAGUGGACAUCUGCCAUGAUAAGUAAACCUGCACCAGCUUGGGAAGGGACUGCUGUCGUUGAUGGACAGUUUCAAGAAUUAAAGUUGACUGACUAUCGGGGAAAAUACCUAGUCUUCUUUUUCUACCCUCUGGAUUUCACGUUCGUGUGUCCAACUGAAAUCUUAGCAUUCAAUGACCGAGUGGAAGAGUUCCGAGCAUUGAAUGCAGAGGUCGUGGCUUGCUCCAUUGACUCUCACUUCACUCACCUUGCAUGGACCAGCACUCCACGAAAGGAAGGUGGGCUUGGUAAGCUGAAGAUUCCUCUCUUGUCAGACAUCACUCACAAGAUUUCUAAGGACUAUGGAGUUUACCUAGAAGAUCAAGGUAUUGCUCUCAGGGGUUUAUUCAUCAUUGACGACAAAGGAGUCUUGCGCCAGAUUACUAUGAAUGACCUGCCAGUGGGGAGAUCUGUUGAUGAGACUCUCCGACUGGUCCAGGCCUUCCAGUUUACUGAUGAACAUGGAGAAGUCUGCCCUGCUGGGUGGAAGCCUGGUGAUGACACUAUCAUCCCAAAUCCACAGGAAAAACUGAAAUAUUUCAAGAAAGCAAAUCAGUAGAGGUGUAUCAUGUAAUUGCUGCACCCUUCUGUGAGGAAAUGAUGAUUUUCUGAAAGAAAUGGUAAAGUCAUUCCUGCAUUUUUUUUCUUAUAUAUAAUGUGUCAAUACUUUAAAAAGAGUAAAGCUUGCAGCUGUUUCACAUAUCCUAUAGAUGUGUGCAUGUGAGUGUUUGUACUGGCAUUCCACAGCCUAUGAAUAAGUUAUCUUUAAAAAGCAUUUAUUUAUUUGGAAAUUAUUAAAUCAUGGUGUUCUCCAUAAACUACCGUCUUUCUUAGAUUUAUUAUUGUGAGCUUAAACAAUAUAAUACAUAUAUAAACAUAGCAAAACAAGAAAGAUGCAGCACAUGAUAAAUUGGAAAUAUUUGACAAAACAAAAAAGCAGAUACAUAUGUUGUAAAUGAUACUGAUGAAGAUUGCUAUAUUACAAUUUGUAAUUGAAACGUUCGUAAGUCAUGGUUUGCCUGUAAGUGAAAGUACCUGCUGAAAUAUUGUGAUGGCUUUAAGGUAACAAAGUUGGGCUUUAUAAAAUGUACAAGGUAAUGGGAGUAUUAAUGUAAGAAUGACAAACUGCAAAAGAACACUCCCUCUUGUUUGUAUCCUCCGCAUAUUUUGUACGUGUUAAACCGAUUAAGUUUUAUUUAUUUGUUUAUUUUUUUUACUGUUAAUGUAUUGUUUCAAGCAUAGGCUGACCAAGCUCAAGAAUAUAUGAAGUGGAUGAUUGCACAGGAAUGAUUACAUGUUUUUAUAAAAUGCACGUAUGAAUUUGAUAUGUCUGAGAAUGAAAUAAUGCUUAUGUUUCUAAUGUAAUGGCGACAUACAGUAAUCACUUUGACAAGUUUGAACCAGCUGAGCAAGUGAUUACUAAAUUGCACACAUUGGCUAUGUAACUGUCCUGUCUACACACUUUAUUCUUAUUUUGGGGUGGUGUCACUGCUCUUGAAUCAUCUCUUUUGUUGUGGAGUCACUGCUCUCGUUGUUCUGUUCAAAGUCUCUUUGUUGUGCUGAUGUAUGUUUUUGUUAUGGCAGUGCUGCUACACUCAAGGUUUAUCUCUCUUUUGUUCUGUCUGUUACUGCCUUCUCUGCAAUGAUCCAAACCUUAUGAGAUGCUCCUGAAGCAUUUUUAACCUCACUAGGAUUCACAUUUAAGCUGCACAUGUAUUAGUCCCAUGGAGAAACGUAGAUCAGCUGUGUCACUCAAGGAGGAGGGUGUAUACAGGAGGGUCAGCCAUAUUGGCUCUGACCUUCCUAGCAGCAACAUAUUUUUGUACAUGGUCUAGUGACCCAGGGUCCAGCCAUCGUAACAGAGGGUUCCAUGGGGACAAGGAAAUAGAGGCACACAUGAGUCGACCAGUUAUGUCUGAACCAGUGAUGGGGAAGGGUUGCUCUUGUUGUGUAGUAUGUGAAAUCUUGAGACGAAGUAAGUUUUAAUAAAGAUACCUUGAUACACCUGUUUGCUGGUGGAUGUGGUGACACGAUGGGGUUUGUGGCCAUGGGCCUGCUGGAGGUUGUCAAAACAAGGCUUCAGUCCUCCUUCAAAUACAUAGUGGUUCGUUGCCUUCACCCGCAACCCAGCAGCAGGGCUCCAUGUGUCCCACUGUGCCUCAACAUCACCACCAAGAAGGAGGCAGUCCCUGCAGGCCACACUCCACCACUGCCUUCACCUCAGGCACACAGAUUGUGUUGUCACUGCAGCUUCCAAAUGCCCCCCUUGGAGUCAUCUGUUAUGAGGGAUAAACUCUGGGUUGUUAGACAGUGGGCAAGAAUAUGUUGCUGCCAGCAAGGUCAGGGCCAGUAUGACUGACCAUCCUGUGGACACUCCUCCUUGAGUGAGGGAACCGAUCUGCCAUCUCUGUUCCUCUGCAGAACUAAUACACGCACAAUUCAAAUGUGAAUUUUAAUGGUGUUGUAAAUGCUUCAUAAGCAUCUCAUAAGAUUUGUAUCAUUACAUCUCUUUUAUGCAAUCAUCACUCUCUCCUGACUAUCUCAUUGAUUAGUUCAUGGAUGUCUUGUGAGGUGCUAGCUUUGUUCUCCAUGUCCUCUUUCGAAGGUGCUACUCACGUUCUCAAGCCCUCACUUACUUCGUACAGUAUUAUCUAUUUUUCUGAAGUCUUGAAAUUUGAAUUUCCCUUAAAAUUUUCACCAGGAUUUUUAUUAAUGAGUAGAAUAAAGUGCAUUAGAUAGCCAAACAUUAUAUAGUCAUUGUUCUGUGUGUAUACUAGAAGUUCUGUAAUCUUCAUUGUUUAACAUAAUGUGAUUUGAUGGUUCUGAUUAUUUCUAAUUCAGUUUAUUGCUUUAUAUUUUUUUCCUUUUUAUAUUAUUUUUUAUACAAUAUUAUGUUUGAAAAGUACUUAUAGGCAUUAUACUUUAUAAAGGGGCCAAGAUAUUCUCAUAUGCUUUAGAGAGGUUACUAAACAUAACCCUGCCCAUUAUAUUGAGUAUAAUUUUUCUAUUCCUUACUUCAAGAUUGCUGACAACAGAAUCACCGAGUCUUUACUGUAAACUUGAGCAGGUAAUAAUAUUUUGUUAAAGAAGUUUCACCAAGAAUUUUAUUAGAUUUCACCAGCAAAUAGAAUGAAUUAUUAUUAUAAAUACAUACGUAUAUUAGAGAAAUGAACUGCACAAUGUCAGUGACUGUUUUCAUCUCGCUAUGUGUGUAAUGUAUAAUACUAAUUCCAUAGGCAUGUGCAGUUGAAACUUGAGGAAAUAUCUUAUUUACCACUAGGGUUAUAAGGGGAGUGUUUACAAGUGAUUAAAGGGGAUUGGAAACUGAAUUUAUCACUGAGUAUUGGAAUGUAGAAUUAAUUCCAUUAUUACAUUGAUUUAUGCAUUAAAAUAUGAUGACAAAAUAUUUUUUUUUUUGUUUUUCAAGCUUUCCAUUACAAUUAUUAGUGAAUGAAGGUGGUGGUGUUUGAUGGAUAACUUAUACCUGGACUACUAUUGUAAGAUGUGCAGUAUUUUACUGAAAUUGUUCAGUAAUUAUCCUGUAACCAAUUCAUGUAACAUUUGACAUUAAUAAAUAUUUUGAUUCCAUGAA